AUGAACGACAAACGGCCGCAAGUGUACGACUGCAUCAUCGUCGGUGCUGGCUACUCGGGCCUGGCAGCCGCCAAGACCCUCCAGGCUGCCGGGAAAUCCGUUCUCCUGCUCGAGGCGCGCGACCGCGUCGGCGGCCGGGCCAAGACGCUACGGCGCGACGAUGGCUCCUAUUGGGACUGCGGUGCGUCCUUCCUCGGCGACAAGCACGCGCGCAUGCGAGCGCUGGCCGAGGAAUACGACGUCAGCCGAUCCGCGAUGCCCACCGAUGGCAAGCUGGUGCUGUGCUACCGCGGCGCGUCCAAGACCUACAAGGGGCUGAUCCCGCCGACGCGGCCCUGGGAGGUGCUCGAGCUGGGUCGUGCGAUAAGCGCCUUUGAGUCGCUCUCCGCGACGGUGGACCUCGACCAGCCGUGGCGCACACCGCGCGCGGCCGAGCUGGACAGGGUAACGAUGCGGGAGUGGUACAACAAGAAGCUGUGGACCAAGGGAGGCCGACAGAUGAUGGAAGUGGCGCUAGAGUCGACGAUCGGCCAGGACCCGAGCUGCUAUUCGAUGCUCCACGCCAUGUUCUUCUUCAAAUCAUCUAUCUGUAUGACUUGGGCUUUGAACACGCGAAACGGCGCCCAGCAUGAGAUGAUGCAAGGCGGCGGGCAGGCAAUUGCGGAUAAGAUCAAGCAUCAUCUCGGAGAUGAUAUUGUUCACCUCUCAGAGCCCGUGGAGAGGGUUGUUCAAGACGAUAGUGGUGUGCAAAUCGGUACGACCAAAGGGGCCUACCGAGCCAAACGAGCCAUCAUGGCGGUUCCCCCACCACUGAUUUUCAAGAUACGCUUCGAGCCCAGCCUUCCCACCGAGAAGCAGACCCUGCUGCAGCAUAUGCCCAUGGGCGCGUACGCCAAGUUCUUCGCGAGCUACAAGACUGCAUUUUGGCGUGCUAAGGGUCUGCGUGGCGAAUGUACGAAUCCCGGAGGAACCAUGGCCGUAAUGUUCGACGCGACUCCCCCGUCGGGAUCACCGGCCAAGUUGAUGGGCUUCGUUGCGGCGAACACGGCGCGUCACUUCCUCACGCUUUCAGAAGAAGAGCGGCGUCGCAUUGCUCUGGGAGAAUUCGCACUUGCAUUCGGUAAGGAGGCACUUGAGCCAGAGGAGACCUUCUUUCAUUCUAUGAUUGAGGAGGAAUGGGCCAUGGGCUGUCCCAUGGCAAAUCCCGCGCCUGGUAUGUGGACAUUACAUGGGGAAUGGAUGCGGAAGCCCGUGAACAGAGUGCACUGGGCCGGUACGGACACGGCCACGCACUUUUAUGGGUAUCUUGAGGGCGCAGUGCUGGCAGGAGAGAGGGCUGCGGGAGAGGUCAUGCAGGUACUAUCAUAG